AUGUAUAAGACCAUGUCAGAUAAUCCAAACGUUGAGUGUAAUUCUGAAAGUAUAUCAGUCGUUUUUUCAACGUUGAAACCAUUUAUUGGUCGAACAUUCGUGAAAGGUUAUAUCCAAGAAAGUAACUGCAUCAAGAUUGGAAAUCAUCUACAAAACCACAGAUUCACUAUACAGUUCGAUCAAUGUGGAUUGAGACGAUCACGAGAAUAUAACGGUAUUCGAAUUACGACAACAGUAAUAAUAUCAUUUCAUCCGAUAUUUUUGACUAAAGUUGAUCGAGCAUACCGACUUAACUGCUUCUAUAUGGAAUCAUCAAGGACAGUUACACAGGAAUUAGAAAUCAGCAUGAUGACAACGCAAGAAUUGUUUCGUCAAACGCAAAUGCCAAUCUGCAAAUAUGAAAUUUUGAGUGGAAGUGCGACCGGCAUUCCAAUACGAUAUGCAAAGGUCGGUGAUAGUAUUUAUCACCGUUGGAGUUGUAUAGCUAAAGCAGAAGAUAUAUACUGCAUGCGAGUUCAUACGUGUACUGUAAAUGAUGGACAAGGUGGGGAAGUAGUAGAAGUUCUCAACAAAAAAGGAUGUUCGGUAGACAGAUACGUAUUAUUAGAUCUCGAAUAUGGAGACGAUCUUAUAGCUGGACAAGAAUCUCAUGUUUUUAAGUUUGCUGAUCGCCCAGCUCUUCACUUCAAUUGUCAGAUAGAACUAACUAUAAAAGAUCGUCAUAGAGGAUGCACUGAUAUGCGACCAAUUUGUGAAGGUCAAAUACGAGUAGAACCAUCAGCUCAAACUCAUGAGCAGCAUGUUGCAGAGGAAGAGUAA